CUAAAUAAAUCGUACUUUUCUUCUUCUUCUUCUUUUUUCCUUAAAAGAUAUUUUGGCCAUGGAGAUCAAUUCUCAUGAUCAUCCUAUUUCGUAACUUUCGUUCAUGGAUAUCAAGACUUAACAAGAGAAGAGGAAGAGGAGGAGGAAGAGAAAAGUCGAUACAUGCUGUAACUAAAAUACAAGAAGGGAAAAAAAAAUCACAGCCAUCUUUCCCAAAGCCCUUCAUAAAAGGGUAAAAAAGAAUGAGAGAGAAGAAACCAUUUCAAGCUUAGAAAAAGGAAGAAAAUAGAAAAGAAUGGAAAGGGGAGAGAAAAGUGGGGAAGGGGAAGCAGAAAAAAAGGAAAAUUUGGGAGAAAAGUUGAGGAGAGGGGUAGUAUUGCUAGAGAAAAAAGGGGGCCCAGGUACUCCAGUGCUCUCUUGGAGACAUUGGGCUCCGCCUCCCCAUGACACCAUCAUUAAUGACUACCCUCUUAACCCUCCUUCUGCUAGAAAGCUCGCCGCGGCUUUCUUGGAGUUCCAUCACCUUUAUUUUCCAGUAUCUAAAAUGCAUCGUAGUGUCAGUAACGGUGCUGCUGGUUCUGACUCCAGAUUGCGCCGCCACCACCACCACAACUAUAAUAAGCAGAGCAGGGACAAGGGUCUGGACCUAUCCCACUUUUUGGCUGACAAUUCUCCAGGUUCUCCUGAUCAGCCAGGCAGCGCAAGCAGUUUGAGGAGGCAUGUUGCUGCAUCACUCAUGCAACAUCAUCGAGCCAUUGAAAGGAAUAAUCAUGCCUUGCAGCCUGUAUCUCCCGCAAGUUAUGGUAGUUCCAUGGAGGUGGGACCUUACAACCCUGCAGUCACUCCUACCAGUUCUUUGGAUUUCAGGGGAAGAGUUGGUGAAUCACAUUACAAUCUUAAAACAUCUACAGAACUGCUCAAAGUAUUAAAUCGAAUCUGGAGUUUGGAAGAACAGCAUGUGUCCAAUAUGUCAUUCAUAAAAGCAUUGAAAAUGGAGCUGGACCAAUCCCGUAUCAAAAUUAAAGAGUUGAUGCGAGAUAGGCAAACUGGUAGGUAUGAGAUGGAUGACUUGAUGAGGCAAAUUGCAGAAGAUAAACUAGUUAGGAAGAGUAAGGAACAGGAUCGAAUCCAUGUUGCAGUUCAAUCCGUAAGAGAUGAGCUAGAAGAUGAGAGGAAGUUAAGGAAAAGAUCAGAGAGCCUACAUAGAAAGUUAGCUCGGGAGCUAUCUGAGGUAAAAUCUUCUUUUUCUAAUGCUCUUAAAGAGCUAGAAAGGGAGAGAAAAUCUAGGAUGUUGAUGGAACACCUCUGUGAUGAAUUUGCUAGGGAAAUUAAAGACUAUGAACAAGAGGUGCAUGCUUUAAAACAGAAAUCUGACCAGGAUUGGGCUGGAAGGGCUGACCGAGAUCGUCUGAUUCUCCAUCUAUCUGAAUCAUGGCUUGAUGAACGUAUGCAGAUGCAGCACCAAGAAGUUCAACAUGGUGUUGCUGAAAAGAAUUCAAUAGUGGAAAAGUUGAACUUUGAAAUAGAAACCUUUCUUCAAUCUAAACGCCUGGAUAAUAAGAGUAUGGAAAAUCUGUUGCCAAGGGUUCGCCGCAAGUCACUUGAGUCUGUCCCUUUGAAUGGGGCUCUGAGUGCACCUCAGGACAUGGGUGAUGAAGGAGAUUCUUUAGAAAGCGAUUCGCAUUGUUUUGAGCUGAACAAACCUAGAAACAAUGACUUAAAAUCACAUGAGUAUGAAGUUAUAGAUGGUCAUAUUGAUGAAGCAGUGAAAUUACAUGAAUUGAAGAAAAAAAACUUCUCUCAUGAACGGGUAAAAAGUUGUACUCCACCCAGCUUGCGAGUUAAGUUUGAAGAACAGAUGGAUCGGGCUAUGUCAUGUGCAGGAAAUAAGAAGUCCCAGGUAGGGGAUACAGUAGAGUGUAAAAAUACAGAAGGGAAGCCAAUUGACACAAGCAUAUCCCAAAAGUCCGAACGUUACGAAGCCACCGAAGACAGCUGUUACCAAAAUAGGAAUAAACAUGAUGAAAUCCAUGUGAUGAAUUCAAAUUACACAGUUGAUAACCUAUUACAAAGUCAACUCUCAUUGUCAGAUGUUGGGAACUUAAAUCCUGACAGUAAUUAUGGUGAGGCUUCCUGCAGUAACUCUGGAUGGAGGAAUCAGGCUAGUCCUGUACGACAAUGGAUGGAAAAACUCACAUCUCCAGAUCAUGAUGCAUCCGCAUCUUCUUCAAUAUUGCCUCAACGCUUGAAGGAGAAUACUUUGAAAGCAAAGCUUCUUGAAGCAAGGUCAAAGGGUCCACGCUCUCGUUUAAAAGCUUUCAAACGUUUCUCAUAGGUUUCCAUAAUUUAGUUGCUGGCAUAAAGUUUUAAAGACUCUAAAAGCUUCCUAUCUAGGCCAAUGGCAUUGGAUGGUUCUGCCUUGCUGGUCGGGAAUUUGCAGUUUGCGAAUAGGCUGCAGUACUUUUUCUGAUUUUGAAUCUCCCUUUGUUUUUUUAAAUGAUCAUGGUUCCAUCUUAUCUUUUGUCAUUUUGUAAUUCAAUAUGCAUAUGUGUAACUUUACUACAGACAUGGAUAAGUUCGGAGCCAUUGCAAUUUUGAGUAAAUACUUUCAGCCUUUAUGCA